CAUACGUCCGUGAAGGGCGAUGCGGGGAGGGGCGACGCGGGCCGCGGGGCGCGCUGGGGGCGAUGGCGGCCGGGCGGGCCGCGGGAGGCGGCGGGCCCUGUCCCCGCCCCGCGGCGCUCUCCCCGCACACGCCAGCCCUGCGCCGCCGCUGCCAUUGGGAGCCGAGCCGCGCCGAGCCCAGGCAGCCGCCGGUCCCGCUCCGCCGCCGUCGCCAUGAGCUUCUUGUUCGGUAGUCGCUCUUCCAAAACCUUCAAACCAAAGAAGAAUAUUCCAGAGGGAUCUCACCAGUACGAGCUGCUAAAACAUGCCGAAGCCACUCUUGGAAGUGGUAAUCUCCGGAUGGCUGUUAUGCUUCCAGAGGGUGAAGAUUUAAAUGAAUGGGUUGCAGUUAACACUGUCGACUUCUUCAACCAGAUCAAUAUGCUUUAUGGGACCAUUACGGACUUCUGCACAGAGGAGAGCUGCCCUGUGAUGUCUGCUGGCCCCAAAUACGAGUACCACUGGGCAGAUGGGACAAACAUAAAGAAACCAAUUAAGUGCUCUGCACCAAAGUACAUUGAUUACCUGAUGACUUGGGUCCAGGAUCAGCUGGAUGAUGAAACGCUAUUUCCUUCUAAAAUAGGUGUACCGUUCCCAAAGAAUUUCAUGUCAGUGGCAAAGACAAUUUUAAAACGUCUUUUCAGAGUUUAUGCUCACAUUUAUCACCAACACUUUGAUCCAGUGAUCCAGCUGCAGGAAGAGGCACACCUUAACACUUCUUUCAAGCACUUUAUAUUUUUUGUUCAGGAAUUCAACCUUAUUGAUCGAAGAGAACUUGCACCACUUCAAGAACUGAUUGAAAAACUCACCUCUAAGGACAGAUAAAAAGAAGAGGAUUUCUUGAAGUCACUUGUUUCUUUAGUGUGGUAUUUGGUUUGUGUUCAUUUGUUGUUUUUUUUAAAAACAAAAAGCUGUGCUGUUACUGAUGACAGCAAAGAUCUACUUUCUGUGCUUUUAUUAGGGGAAAUCCUUUAUCUGUUAGUGACACGUGGUAAAUAGCAUUUUUUUUGAUCAAUGUUAUUCAUUGUGGAAUUUUAGCAGGUGCUGAGUGUUUAUAAAGGAAACAUGCUUGGUUGGGGGAUUGACUCUGCUGGUGGAUGGGUUCUUGUAUUGUGUCAGUGAUAGCCCAUUCUCAUGAAGUCCCUGAAAGACUUGCUUACAUUCUCUUAAGUGCCUUGGCAGACUCACUUCUGAGGUGCAAAGCACAUACAAUACUGAACAUUGCUGGAAACAGAAAAUAUGAACUAACACCCAGGACACUUACUGAUACUUGCUUUAGAAAAAGAAAUAUGCUUACACUAAAAAAAAGCCAUAACUUACCAAAAUCAAUGAUCUCCAGCUUUUAAUACAAGUACUUGUCUUAUUUUUUUAGAGAUUAAUAUAGAAUUUUUCAAAACUAGAUAUUUCAUAUAAAGAGAAAUGAUGAAGUUCUAGUCACUAAAGGGAAAUGAUGAAGGUAGUGUCAAAAUCACAAAGAAUGUGUGUUUAGCAAGUAGUUACAUGUCUGUUGCCACUGGUUUUGGCUUUGCAUAGUUGCUUUUAUUUUUUUAACAGGGAAGCAUCAACUUGGGUCUGUCACUUGUGUUAAGUUUCCUAGCAUUUGCCAAACGAAUGGUUACUUUGCACAAAUACAGUUAAUGAAAAAUCUCUAAAAAAUGCACUGAAAAAUAACUAGUGAAAUUAUGUUUCAGUUACGAAUUAAAAAACCUAGCUCUGUGGAUGAGCUCUGGUGACCAGUGUUUUCUAUGGUAGGUAAUGUAUCUUGGAAGGAGUAUCAUUUCAUGAAUCACUUACGUUAGCAUGAGAGUGUUCUCACUCUUUAGAAUUGCAGCCCGUCUUCAGGAAGCUGCAGCAGCUGGGUAAAGUAAUAGCAACAUACUGGUGAAUUUUUAGUGGUUUGUGAUUUAAGUACAUCUUCUGUUUCUGAGAAAACCUAAUGAAAAUGUGGCCUUCUUCACUGCCUGGGUUAGUGUAUUUGCCUCUCUAGCCUUGUGUUUUUCUCAAACCAGAAAUGAGGAUUGCCUGUGACACAUUAACCUCUGGGGUGAUCCGCAGAUUUGGACAUUUCUGCUGCAGCUGCAUCAGUCAGGUUUCCCAUUGCAGAAGCCCAUAUGACUGGCUCUCUGGUUCAUUUCUAGAUCUUGUCAAAGCCAUUGUACUUGGGAUUCAAAUAAAUCAGUAUUAGGUUCUGCAGUGUGUUAUCCCAUGACAUUACUAGUUGUCAAAAACAGUGCGCUAGGUGGUUAAUGUUGCUAGGCUCUGCUAGAUUGUGACUCUGCAAAACCACCAUUUUUAGACUGAAAACCAUGAAAACCUCAAUUGGUUGGUGUAUGCUAGACUGCCUCUUGAACUCCUGAGCUUAACAGGUGAAGCUGAGAUUAGUAUGUGGCAGAACCGUUGAGGUUACAUUUUGUGCUCCUUUGCUUGACUGAAAAUGCUGAGUCAAGUGGAAAAUUCUGUGCAGCAGGCUGCAAAAUAUCUAAGUGGCCAUUAGUAGAGCCAGCUAAUAAACAUCUAAGCACGGUGAUAAACAUACAGACAUUUGGGAGACUAGAAUCACUACUUCUGAGUUCAAAUUAUGUAUUUUACAAGCAUCUGAAGGUUAUUUUAAGAACUAGGUUAUCUUCCAUAGAGUUAAAUUUCCUAGUCUGUUUAAACUGCAGUAUUCAUUCAAGUGCUUUUGUCAAGUCCUGAUGGUAGGACAAAUCUGAUCUGGCAAGCAUUGGAUUUCCCUAUGCAAUUCUGUUGGUUAGUGGAAGAGUCAGUGAGUGCUGUAGCACCUAGAUGCUUUUGUCUGGAGUCUAGUAAUAGGCUGAUAAGAAGGAAGGAACUCCUAUGGGCACAAUAUCCAAUGUGUUGGACUAGGCAACAGUUGAACAGUUGGAGAAAAAAGCAUUUCUUUGGUAGGCACUGUCCUUUUUACAUAUUGUAUGGUGUAUUUGACAAGGUAGCUGGGAAUGCCGUGCUUCUAUAGACUGUAAUGCAUCAUUCCUGGUUUCUUAGCAGGUGCAGGAUUGUUUUUAACCGAGUAACAUACUUGACAUGGAUCUGGAUGUGACUGCUUCAGCCUGGUGUGGGAGCAGUAGUAUGGCAGUGCUAGCUUUGGUGCAGGGUUGGAGGCCUCUCUUAAUUCAGGACGGGAUAACUCAGAAGACUUUGCAGAGUUGAGAGAGUGGUCAGCAUCCACCAGACUAUGCAGAAGCAACUUAAAUCCCAAAUUUCAACCGCAUGAUUUUAAGCAAGACUCCAGUCAUGCCAGAAGCUGAAUUUAAGAACGUGAUCUUACACACACGGCCUUUCAUAGGUGCUUAUAGCUGAGGAGUGUUUAAUGACUGAAAAUUUCCAGCUAUAGAAGCUGCAGAUGUGGUUUGACAUUGAAAAGUCCUGUAAACCUUCCAAUGAAAACUGCUUGGCUGAGUUGAGUCAGUGCUGCUCAAGAGGCUGUGUGUGCAGCUUUACUGUGUAAUAGUGCUUACUGGAGAGGAGCCUUUCAGCCUGUGCUAAAGAUCAGGUUAUCACAACAUAGCAAGAUGUGAGAGGGAGAAUGGCAGAAGCCUGCUCCAGGGUGCUAAAUAGGAGAGAUCCUCCAUUAGAUUUAAAGCUGUUUCAUGGGUUUGAUGUCAUGUACCAGCAAGAAACUCGGAAGAAAAAUGUUUAGAAAUGAGAAUUUGCUUGGAGUGAUACAAGUGCAGUACUUGUCUUUUUUUGGCAUGCUUCUGCUCCAGAAGGUUGGGAUUUUGUUGUUGUUCUUCCUUUUAAACAGCUAAUUCUAGAAACUGAGGCAUGUGCAGCAGUUCAGCCAAUUGGAAUCAGAAUGUGUUAUGUAAAAAAAAAAAAGUCUUACAUGGAUAGUAUAAUCUUUGUAUUUAAUAUCUGACAGUAGAAAACACAGAAUAGUUUCUAGGUAUGUAAUAAAAGCUUGGAGAUCAUGAUUUGCCUGACAGCUGUAUGAACACAUUGUUUAAUUAUACAUACAACACUUGAAAAUAACAUUAAAGAUAUGUAUGCAGUGUUUGGGAUUUAGUAUCCCUAUGCAGCUUUUAAAUUUUUUUUUGCUUCAGAAAGCUGUGGGACCAGACCUUGAUGUGUGUUUACACUCGUGAAGUAAGGGCACAUUGAAACGUUAAACAAAAGUUGCCAUGUUGCACAACCAGAAUCUGGAUCUGGUGAAUGUGUUUAUCAAAUAGUGCAUUUGUUGAGGGAGAAGAGGAGGACGCCCUCUUACCCCUCAACUAAACCCAGAGAAAUGAACCCUGAACAACCCUGCACUGCUCUAGGCCCACGCUGCAGAUGGACUCUCUUAGGCAUCACAGCCUCUUGGAGACAAAAACCUUUAGCUCUCUUGUCACAGGGAGCAGAAGGUGCUGGUAGAGAUAAACCAGGCUGGGCUGCCGGUGCUGGCUGAGGCCUUCCAUUGUAAUAGGGCCUUGAAGUUCUAUAGUUUGUGGUGUUUUUCAGCUACCAGCGUAUUAGACCGUGUCAGUGAUUUGGGUGGUAACUUCAGGAGGUCAUCUACCUCGAGACAGGAUGGGGCAAACUGCUAAGUUCAUCAAGUUCAGCCACUGUUGCCAAUGUUGACACUGUUUAGACAGUGUGGAUACAUGAUGUUCACAGAAAGAAUUUUUCAAGUUGUUCAAAUUAGAGUCAGAGGUACCAGUUAUUCAUGGAAAUAAAAAGUAAAAAUGGCACGUUCUGCUGUUGCAGGUAGCUGAAUGGUAGAUGAAGGGAGAAAACAGGUUUCAAGGAGCAGAUGGCCCAUCUGCAAGUAUCAAGUUUAUUUUACUGCUUACUAUGCAAUGUAGAGCUUUGAACUUUUGCUUUUACUCUAAGAUACAGAGGAGCACUGUCCUUAUUCAGUAUUUAGGAACUGAACACUUUCCCAGUCUCCCUCACACUUAUUUAACAGGUAAGGAUACCUAUUUGCUGCUAUGGACUUUACUUACUUUUCAGAUUGUUCCUUUGUUUCUCUCCCCAUCUCCCUUUCUUUUGAAUCACCAGACACAGUUUUACUAUAAACACAUCCAUUUGGGGUGGUUGUUCUUUUUCUUGUUACUCUCUCCCCACUUCCUACCUGCCAGAGUGCUGUAUUACUGUAUAUAAACUGCCGUCUUUUAGUUGGACUGUUUAAAAAGCUGCAGCACAAACACAAAGAGUCCUGGCUUUUCUUCCACGAGAAGAUUCUCUGUUACCAUCAACCUUGUUUCCUUCACUGCUGAUGUCAGUUCUUUUUUUUUCCAAACUGCGCUACUCAAACCACUAGCAGUUUUACAAAUGCCUGUGGCGUCUUUUCCUGAAUAUCUUCUCUCCUAAGAUGAGACUAACAUUGGUUAUUUUAAGUGUUAAACCUUUUUAUUUCCCCGCUUUUCUUUCCAUUUCCUCUUACCAGGUGAAGAUUGCAGUCUAGGUAAAUAUCAAAUAAUGGUUUUGUUUGAAGAAUCAAUUCCCUGAAUUGUUCAUAGAGUAUUGUAUUUUUAGGGGAAAUUAAUUUUUAUAGCCACUAAACUAUACUUAUUAUUUUUGUACGUUUGCAACUUCUGACAUUUUUCAGAGACGUGUUACGGAGGGAACACUUAUUUUCAUGGCUAUUUUACUGCUUCGGUAUGCUGAGGUGGUGUUGCUUAGUACUGAGAAGCACAUACCUUGAUGUGCAGUGGAAGAGAGAAGAAUGCAAUGAAAGUGAAUGAAGUUUCAAUAAAAGGCCAUUUUUGAAGCGAAAAAAAGGAGAUAUUCCAAAAGCAACACUAACCUUUCCUCCUUCUUAAGAAUCCUAAAACAUAUGGGAGAAAAUGUGUUGUAAAAUGUAAAAUGCAAGAUGAGAACCCUUACUGUAAGCUAACUGUGCCAAUAUCGCUUCAGUUUGUAGUCACUGAUUGAUAUUUUAGUUAUAAAUGAAAACAGCUUUUGAGUUAAAAAAAAGUUGAAUGUCUGAAAAUCUGCAACAUGUUUAUUUGAGAGUUGUACAUAAUGUAUACAGAUUGUUGUAUGUGAUGGGAGAAAAUAUUUAAAUUCUAGGUUUUUUCAAUAAGAAACUGAAGGCUGUUUAUAAGAGAAAUAAAUAGCUAUGUUUGACCAUGAUUGUCUUUAUUUCCUUCUUUAACUUGUUUCUAAAUUAUCUUCUACUUGUAGAUAGAUUUUUUUUCUGUAUAUUGUACACAUACAACCAUUACACAUACAGAUUAGAUUUUUGUAAUUGCCUUGUCUGAAUGUGUGAAUAUUUGUAUUGCAGGCAGACACAAUAGCAAUAAAACAACCUGAUACCCUUUUCA